AUAGCAAAGGCGUAGCUCAGGAUCCCCGCAACACCCCCACAGGAGAGUCCUUCACGUCUGAAGCCACAUAAGCAGGAGAACUGCAGGCUGGGAGUCUUGAUCUGAACUGCCUCUGUCGUUCAACCCACGUCCCUCGUUCAGUCUUAGGAAUCGAAGAUGGCUUCCACCCUCCUCUCUCGGCAACUGACAUACACACUGCAGCAGAAUCUGAAGCUUUCACUCCCUCGGUGCCGAUAUGUCAGUCAACCAGCGAACAAGACUGAUGUGGAUGUUGGGAUUGAGGGACCUUCGAUGAAAACCGAAGUGCCGGGCCCACGAUCUCGGGAGUUGCUCAAAGAUCUGACUGAAUUACAGAACACAGAAGCGGUCCAAUUCUUUUGCAAUUAUGAGGAAAGCCAAGGGAACUACCUGGUGGACGUGGAUGGCAACAGAAUGCUUGAUCUUUACACACAGAUCGCUUCCAUUCCUAUUGGUUACAAUCAUCCUGCGCUGAUCAAAGUGUUACAGAAUCCACACAAUGUGAGUACCUUCGUGAACAGACCUGCCCUGGGGUGCUUGCCUCCCGAAUCCUUCCCUCAAAACCUCAAUGAGACUCUGCUUUCGGUGGCCCCGAAAGGUUUGAGGCAGGUUCAGACGAUGGCGUGCGGCUCUUGUGCUAAUGAGAAUGCCUUCAAAGCAGCCUGUAUCUGGUACCGAAACAAAGAGAGGGGAACCACUGAACCUACAAAGGAGGAAUUGGAAUCUUGCAUGAUCAACCAGAACCCUGGAAGCCCCGACCUAACUAUUCUGUCCUUCAUGGGUGGUUUUCACGGAAGAACCUUUGGCUGUUUGGCAACAACCCACUCCAAGGCCAUCCACAAAUUAGACAUCCCAACCUUUGACUGGCCCAUGGCUCCAUUUCCAAAGCUUAAAUAUCCUCUGGACGAGUUUGAGAAGGAGAACACACAGGAAGAAAACAGGUGCCUGGAGGAGGUGGAGGAUCUGAUCGUGAAGUACAGGAAGCGAGGGAAGAACGUGGCGGCGAUUAUCGUUGAGCCAAUCCAAUCCGAGGGAGGAGAUAACCAUGCCUCCAAUGAGUUCUUCAGGAAGCUGCGGGACAUUAGCAAGAAGCAUGGCACAGCAUUCGUGUGUGACGAAGUGCAAACGGGAGGAGGCGGAACCGGCAAGUUCUGGGCACACGAACAUUGGGGUCUGGAUGAUCCAGCUGACAUUGUCACCUUCAGUAAGAAGCUGCUAUCUGGAGGUUACUUCUACAAGGAUGUGCUGAGACCCAUUGGGGGCUAUAGGAUUUUCAACACAUGGCUGGGUGACCCUUCAAAAAACCUCCUGCUCUCUGAAGUACUUAAAGUUAUCAGGGCUGAAAAUCUCAUAGAUAACGUCAACCGAUCGGGCAAAAUCCUGUUAAAUGGACUUCUAGAUUUACAGGCCCGCUAUCCACACGUCCUGAGCAAAACCAGAGGAAAAGGGACAUUCUGCUCGGUAGAUGCACCAGAUGAAGCAUCCAGGAAUAAACUUGUCCUGAAAAUGCGGAACAAAGGUGUUGUACUUGGUGGCUGCGGAGAUAAGUCCAUCCGCUUCCGUCCUGCCUUGGUGUUUCAGGAGCACCACGCACAUCUCUUCCUUAACCUUUUCAAUGAUAUUCUGGCCGACUUCAAAUGAAGGACAUUAGAAAAGACGGUGUGUGAUGGUCCAAACCUUCAUAAUCCUAGUGUUCCGUAAAUAGGAAUCACGUUACCUUAUAUUAAAAAAAUGACUUCCUCAGCAUUAACAUUCACUAUUUCCACAAGUAUUUAAAUUGAUAAUUAAUGAUGUUUCACCUCAAACUACCACUGUGUAACAUUUUACUCAUUUAAUGUUAAAUUCCAAACUAAUAAUAAGAAAUGGGUGUCUUAUUCUCCAGUGUCAUUGAUUCUCCAGUGUCCCAUUCUCCAGCGUCAUUGAUGUAAUUGUGUAAAUUGAGUUAAUUUAUGUAGCUUCUGUUUCGUACUUAUCCUGGUAUUUUUGUAAUUUUUACUGACAUUUUGUAUCACAAGCAGAUUGCACAAUCAAUGGAGAUUCAUUAUGUUACUAUAUAUAGAGUAUCUGUGAUCUGUUCUAAAAAGAAUUAAUACUACAUAACGGCUUAUAAAAUAAUGGAAUCAGCUUUCAUUUUAAAACCUAUUGUGGACUUGAUAUGCCAAAUAGCCAGCAACUUUGACUGCUCUACUAAAAUAUUGUUUUAAGCUUGGUCAGUUAUCAUGUGUAUGAAUUAUUGUGUAUAAUUCCAGUCGCCAUAGGCACCUAUAUUCUGAAAUAAACCUGGUCAAUUUCAACUAAUGUCGUAUUUUCAAAAGGUGACCCACAAAUGCAUUGUACACAGUACUUUAUUUUCAUUAAAAUAUUGCAUGGAGUGUU